AUGGCGGGAAUGUAUCUGGAUUGGAAAAACCUGGCGCUGUUAGGUGCGAGUUUGCCGAUACCGUUUUUGAUUCUGAUGUUCAUGAUUCCGGAGACGCCAAGAUGGUAUAUCUCGAAGGGAAAAGUAAAAAUGGCCCGAAAAUCUCUUCAAUGGCUGCGUGGCAAGAAAGCGGAUAUAACCGAGGAAUUGAACAUCAUCGAAAAAAUGCAUCAAGAGUAUGUCGAGAUGGAACGGACUAAUGCGCAGAGCUUAUUCUCGGAGUUGACGAAGAAAAACAAUCUUAAACCGCUUCUCAUCUCCCUCGGGCUUAUGUUUUUCCAACAAAUGUCCGGCAUCAACGCAGUGAUAUUCUACACGGUACAAAUCUUCAAGGAUGCUGGUAGCACGAUCGACGAGAACGUUUCGACCAUAAUCAUCGGCAUAGUGAACUUCAUCGCCACCUUCGUCGCCGCGGCCGUGAUCGACAGGCUGGGCAGGAAGAUGCUGCUGUACAUAAGCGCCGUGUCAAUGGCCCUGACUCUCUUCGCCCUCGGUGGAUUUUUCUUCGUCAAAUCACAGGGCGUAAACGUGGAAGCCGUUGGCUGGCUGCCGCUGGUCAGUCUAAUCGUGUACGUGAUAGGCUUCUCGCUGGGUCUCGGACCGAUACCCUGGUUGAUGAUGGGCGAGAUCCUGCCUGCCAAGAUCCGCGGCUCGGCCGCAAGCGUUGCAACCGGUUUCAAUUGGUCGUGCACGUUCAUCGUGACAAAGACCUUCCAGGACGUCAUAGAAUUGAUCGGCGCGCACGGUACCUUCUGGCUUUUUGGCGGUAUCGUUGUGGCGGGUUUCAUCUUCAUAAUCCUCUGCGUGCCGGAGACGCGCGGCAAAUCGCUCGAAGAGAUUGAGAGGAGGUUCACCGGCCGAACAAGGAGGAUGAGCUCGGUCGCUAAUAUGAAACCGAUGCCGAUGUCGUGCUAG